AUGGUGUCCAAGCUCAGCUCUCUGCAGCAGGAACUUCUGAGCGCUCUCCUCAGCUCCGGUGUCACCAAGGAGGUGUUGAUCCAAGCCCUGGAGGACAUGGUGCCCACCACCAGCUUCGGGGUGAAGCUGGAGAACCUGCCCCUGUCCCCAGGCAGCGGGACGGAGGCGGACAGCAAGCCCGUCUUCCACACCCUCACCAACGGCCACAACAAGGGCAAGCUGUCCGGGGACGAGGGCUCCGAGGACGGGGACGACUUCGACACCCCGCAGAUCCUCCGGGAGCUGCAGGCGCUCAACACGGAGGAGGCCGUGGAGCAAAGAGCGGAGGUGGAUCGGAUGAUCAGCGAGGACCCCUGGCGGGCUGCAAAAAUGAUCAAAGGUUACAUGCAGCAGCACAACAUCCCCCAGAGGGAGGUGGUGGAUGUCACAGGCCUGAAUCAGUCUCACCUCUCCCAGCACCUCAACAAGGGAACACCCAUGAAAACGCAGAAGCGGGCAGCACUCUACACGUGGUACGUCCGGAAGCAGAGGGAGAUUCUCAGACAAUUCAACCAGACAGUCCAGGGUUCUGGAAAUAUGACAGACAAAAGCAGUCAGGAUCAGCUGCUGUUUCUCUUUCCAGAGUUCAAUCAGCAGAACCAGGGCACGGGCCAGCUCGAGGACACCUGCUCUGAAACUCCCAGCAAGAAGAUGCGACGGAAUCGAUUCAAAUGGGGGCCGGCCUCGCAACAAAUCUUGUACCAAGCCUAUGACCGGCAAAAGAACCCUAGCAAGGAGGAAAGGGAAGCCUUAGUGGAGGAAUGUAACAGGGCGGAAUGUCUCCAGCGAGGAGUGUCCCCCUCCAAAGCGCAUGGGCUGGGCUCCAACCUGGUGACGGAAGUUCGUGUCUACAACUGGUUCGCGAACCGACGGAAAGAGGAGGCUUUCCGCCAGAAGCUGGCCAUGGACGCCUACAGCACAGGCCAGCCGCACAGCAUGAACCUCCUGCUGUCCCACAACUCGCCCCAUCACACCCAGCCUAGCUCUUCGCCCCCCAGCAAAAUGGCAGGAGUCCGAUACAGCCAGCAGGGGAACAAUGAGGUCACUUCCUCUUCGACAAUCAGUCACCAUGGCAACAACACCAUGGUGACCACCAGCCAGUCCGUCCUACAGCAGGUUUCUCCAGCAGGGUUGGACCCAGGCCACAAUUUACUCUCGCCUGAUGGUAAAAUGAUCUCUGUUUCGGGAGGUGGGCUGCCCCCUGUAAGUACCCUGACCAAUAUCCACAGCUUGCCCCAUCACAACCCACAACAGUCUCAGAACCUCAUCAUGACACCGCUCUCUGGCGUCAUGGCAAUCGCGCAAAGUCUAAAUACUUCCCAGGCGCAGAGCGUCCCUGUUAUCAACAGUGUUGCCGGAAGUCUGGCAGCUUUACAACCAGUCCAGUUUUCCCAGCAGCUACACAGUCCUCAUCAACAGCCACUCAUGCAACAGUCGCCCAGCCAUAUGACACAGCAGCCUUUUAUGGCCACAGUGACUCAGCUGCAGAAUUCACACAUGUAUGCACACAAGCAGGAGCCUCCCCAGUAUUCCCACACUUCCCGGUUUCCAUCAGCCAUGGUGGUCACAGAUACCAGCAGCAUCAGUACAUUAACCAAUAUGUCUUCCAAUAAACAGUGUCCCCUGCAAGCCUGGUGA